CCAAACUUUGCACUUUGGCGGAAUCAAUGGAGAUAUAUUAUAUGGGUCAUCUCAUCAUGUUCUACAAGAUAACUACAAUCCUUUUUCCAGAAGUUGUUUCAGAAAAGGGGAAUGUAUCAGCUUGUUUCAUCUUGCUCUCCUUCUUCUUCGUGUAUUAAUCAAUGUUACUGUGUUGGUGACACAGGUCCACUACCUUUUGUUAGGCGUUUCUCUCUAGAGGAUAUAAAAAGGGCUACUGGUGGAUUUCGCAGAAUCAUUAGUAAUUACUCUCAAGGGUCUGUUUACAAAGCUCAGUUUCGUGAUGGCCUCCUUGCUUUGGUAAAAGAAGUGACAGCUCUUCAUGAAGGAAAGGAUGCCUUUCUUCAGGAAGUGAAGCUCCUGCGCCGCUUACAUCAUCGACAUUUAGUUUCACUUAGAGGGUUUGCCACUGGUCCGGAGAGGUUUCUUGUUUUUGAGUACCCAGAGCAUGGGAGCCUAAAGGAGCAUCUAAAUGACCCUCUUAAGACUCCCUUGAGCUGGAGGACUCGUCUGCAGAUUGCUAUCGGAGUAACAGCAGCAUUGGAGUACUUGAACUUUUUUUGCGAGCCACCUAUAAAUCAUGUCUCCAUCAGUUCAAGUAAUGUUUUAUUGGAUGAGAAUUUCGUUGCAAAGCUCUCUGGUAUUGCUUUUCUUGGUUCUCCUGGAAAUCAUAUUGGAAUGUCACAUUCGCAUGCCUCAUGCUCUGAAGGACAUAUGGAUCAGGAUUGCAAAGACAUGAUCUUCCAGCUUGGUGUGCUAAUUCUUGAGCUAAUAACUGGUCAAUCUUCGGAGAAGGAAGGCGGUAACUUGGUUCGAUGGGUCCAAGAAUCUAAAUUUAUCGGGUCUGUUGAUAAAAUUGUAGACCCUGAUCUUGGAAAUAGUUAUGAUUCGAAAGAGCUAAAAAGUCUUUUAGCUGUUGCAAGGUUUUGUACCAAAACAGGAGAUAAGCCAACAGUCUCUAUUCAGCUGAUACUUAGGUAUCUCCAAGGAAAGUAGAGUGAGGUUACACUUCCCUGAUACUUCCCAACGUUGAACUGUAUAUUGGUGGUGACAGAGUCGAAAUCUCAAGAAAUUACUGUAAAAUGUAGAAAAUGACACAUUCUUUACGGCUCACAUUUAGACUUACAAUUGUUUGUUAAUCGAGUCUUAUUAUAAUUGUUUGGAUUUGUAAGAUCUACUGACUCUGCAACAUCUUUAAUAACUCUUUUAGGCCCUCCAUGGUCACCUUGAAAAGCUUUAUAUAAGCAUGUUCUCAGA